AUGUCGUCGCCUCCGUUUUCCCGCGCAGAGAUGAGUGCUUCUAGUCCUAGUCAAGCUAAAGAACAAGAUGAUGAUACCAAACCUUUAUGGACCUAUGUUACAAAGAUAAAAAGUGUAGGUGGUGGUGAAAAUUAUGAGAUAAAAUGUAAUAUUUGUGAUGUUACCUUUAAUGAGUUUUACACUAGAGUGAGGACACACUUGUUGAAGAUUAUUGGAAAGAGAGUUAGAGGUUGUCAAAAGAUAACAAAUGCCAAACUUAUAGAUUUGAAGAAGAUAGACAAUGAAGCUACAUUGAGGGUGGAGAAGUCAAAAACAAAAUUUGUGUCAUUGCCUCCGGUUUCUACUCAACACCAAAUGGAUACAAACACUCUUGGUGUUGAUCCAAAAAAGAGAAAGACAUCAACGGUAGAAAGUACCUUUAAUUUGCAAGCUAGAGAGACACUUGAUCAUGAAAUUGCUAGGAUGUUUUACUCUUUGGGGCUGCCUUUUCAUUUAGCAAGAAAUCCUCAUUAUAGGAAGACGUUUGCCUAUGCUGCCAACAAUUAUAUCAGUGGUUACCAACCUCCAGGUUAUAAUAAAUUAAGGACAACAUUACUUCAAAAUGAGAAGAGACAUGUGGAGAACUUGUUACAACCAAUUAAAAAUGCAUGGAGCCAGAAGGGUGUGAGCAUUGUUAGUGAUGGAUGGAGUGACCCGCAAAGAAGAUCUCUUAUUAAUUUCAUGGCUAUCACGGAGAGUGAACCUAUGUUUGUAAAGGCCAUCGAUUGUUCAAAUGAGAUAAAAGACAAUGAUUUCAUUGCCAAACAUAUGAAGGAGGUAAUUAUGGAGGUUGGACCCUCAAAUAUUGUGCAAAUAGUGACGGAUAAUGCAGUUGUUUGUAAAGCAGCAGGUUUAAUAAUUGAGGCUCAGUUUCCUUCUAUCUAUUGA